CUCGUGCAUGACGUACAGAACCUCGGCUGCAAACAGUUCCGCGCCCGCGACAAUUCUUAUCUCUUAUCACAUUAAAAAAUGAUACAUCGAAUUACAUCACGAGUGCGACGAUAAAGUACCUACUCCGCGAUAAACAUUACAAGGAUUCAUUGUGUGGAAAUUAAUAUUAGUCAUAUCAAAUUGUGACAAAUAUUUUGAUUGCUAACUUUUUUUUGGAAAUAUGUUACGAAGUGGAUUAAAUCUUGAAUUAAAUAACCUUUAAAGUAAACAGUUUAAGUGUUUUGAGUACUUAAAUCAAAAUGUUUGUGUUAUUUUUAAUAAUCACGGGGUUGGUAUGCGUCAACUCAACACCUUGUAGUAGAGACGAAAGUUUGAACAUAACUACCGGGAUCACUUUUGAAAAUGGUUCAGUACUAUACGAUGGGUUGGAAUACGUCGAUGGCACUUGGUAUGUGUUGGACAUAGAUGGGUUGGACGUCCGGUUCGGUUGUCCCUGUAUUGGGCGUCGGUGUUUGUGGAAGUGCUGCGGAAUUGGCCAGAUGUUCCUUAACAGGACCUGUGCGGACGUAGAUGUGAGUGAAGCCAACCCGUUCAACCCACCAGUGUUUAAAGGACGGGAUCCGGUAAACGUAAUCGCUCAUCUUAAUUUCUUCUAUAUGCCAAGACAAUCAUGUGAGAUGUACCUGGUGGAUUCCAACUCGCCAGUUGAAGAGAUAUACCUCCAGGAGAAUGGGUCCUUAUUAGAAAUAGCAACGAACCGGCCGCAAUGGCACCCCCCACGUAUGUUCUGCCUUGAUAUGAAGUUGGACAAUAGUUCGCCUAAAUCCAGGCUGGUGGGUGGAGUCUGCUACCCGGACAGUGGAUCAAAUGAUGACAGUCCUGGGCUUUACAUCGCCUAUGGCAUCGGUCUUAUGCUGUCUGUACCAUUUCUUUUGGCAACAUUCCUCGUGUACGCCUUCAUACCGGAGCUGCGGAAUCUACACGGCAUGUGCCUUAUGGCGUACUGCGGAGGACUCAUCGUGGCCUACCCUUUCCUCGCGUACCUCAAACUGCACACGGGGAGAGUCGGUGUCGCAAUGACUGGAUGCUUCGUUAUAGCCUUCAUCAUAUAUUACGCAUUCCAAAGCAGCUUUUUCUGGCUCAACGUUAUGUGCUUCGACAUCUGGAGAACUUUCAGUGGAUAUCGAGGCGGUAGCUCAAGCAAGAGGCGAGAAAGAAAACGAUUUGCGAUGUACGGUGCAUACGCAUGGGGUGUACCGGCAUUGCUCACUGCAGUUACGAUUGGUAUGCAAUUCGGCACGAAUAUACCUGACCACAUUAUCACACCAGGGUUUGGACAUCGGCGAUGCUGGUUCGACAAUUGGCUUAGCGAGCUCGUGUAUUUCUUCAUACCGGUGUUUGUGUUAGUCGUGUGUAACGUGGUACUCUUCUCGGUAACAGCAAAUCGAAUACGAUCAAUCAGACAGGAAACAGCUAUUUUGAAGGGAGCUGAAUCUUCUCGAAGUGAUAAAUUGAAAAAGGAUAAACAAAGAUACGGGCUUUAUUUGAAGUUGUUCGUAAUCAUGGGAGUAAAUUGGACGGUAGAAGUGAUAAGUUUUGCAGUGGGGGGUUCAAAUUGGUACUGGAUCGUAGUGGACCUGUCGAAUAUCGCCCUCGGAAUAUACAUAUUCUUUAUUUUUGUAUGGAAAAACAAAGUACGCAGCUUAAUCGCUAAAAAAUGGCGCAGCGUUCGUGGUCUACCCGCAGACAGCACGUUGGGAACUUGGGGUACUCGGUCAAGCUCAGCUCCUACUGAAGAUACAAGAGUUUCUGCUGACGAAUCUGGGAUGCGACUCAAAGAAAUUCAUUGAUAAUAAUUCUGCUAAGACGUUAAUUAGAUCAGAGUUUGGUCUAUUCAUUAAUAAAAAUGUAUGUCAAAAAGGCACCGAAUUACGGUGUCAAUUCCAUUGAACACAAAACUCUAAACGCAUUGCUACCAGAAUUUAGAAUGAACAGUUCUUUUAUUUUCCACAGGGAAUUCAAGAGGACAGCACUAUGUUUAGAGAUUUUUGCAUAACGGAAUUAGCAUUAAUUAUUCAGUCAACGCUGACAAACAUGUUCUUCUUUUAGAUUAGAGGCGAGAAUUUUAAUACCUCUUGUAUUUACGUAGGGCAUUGCUAGUCACGUUUAUAUAAUUUUUUUAAUGGUAAGUCCACCUAAAGUAAGCAACGAGGCGUUCGUUAAUAUGACAUAAUUAUAUAUCAAUAUUUAGGUAAUGUAGUUGAAGAAAGGACAUCAUACAAUUUUAGCAUAUUUUUUGUUGCUAUAUUGCACAAGAAACCUACUAUUACCAUACAGAACAUUCUAGCAUUACAAUUAUAAUAAUAUGAACGACAUUAUGUAUAAAAAAAUAAUCAAGGAUCUGAGAUGAUAUUCGACCUAACAAAGUUUUUUUUUUCACUUUAACUAUGACAUGCAUUUAAUAUAAUUACUGUCGUGAACCAUAUGAUUUUACGUGUAUUUAAGAUUUGUUUUAGCGAUAAUUAUAA